UGCCAUUCACUGCGAAUAGCACACAGCUGAAAACUGAUUUUUUGCUUGUUAAAGUUAACUUGCGUUUUGUUUCUGUUGGAUUCGUGGGCAUUGACAUAAUUGAUUUACCCCUUUUUGUGCAAUCUCAUGCUGCUACGUACACGUACAGAACCGAGUGAAUGUUGAGGAUUGUCGUAAGCAUUACAGGGGCAGAGUAAAAGUAACAGCAUCAUAAAAGGGGGAGGCGAUCCGAUGUUAUCGCUUACUACGAAGUUUUUCACAUCUAAAUACGACACAAUGGAAAUCAAUUGAGGCACGUCAAUGUCAACGUCAGUUGCACACAAUAAAAGCAGCAACACCUAUCGGCUUGUACGAAGUGUUAGUGGAAAUGUGAAGAGCAAUUGCAAGUCGUAGACCCUAGAACUGGAACAGGUGGAACAGUAAGAGUUGCAAAUGCGUGCCGCAGUUGGACUUGUGCAGUCCCAUGCUAGCGUGGAGCCAGUUAUGUCACGUCUUGAUUACGAGCAGAAUGCUCUCCACCAUAGCUGCUUGCUGGUGCUGCUGCGCGGUGUGGGGCCUUCACGCGCCCGCAUUUUGCAGCGGGCCUUUGAGAAGGUGCGACGUGUCAAUAAUAUCAAAGUAACGGAUUCUAGCGGCACUGUGCGUACCAUUUAUUUUCGCUUCAUACAUGAUCAUCCCGUGGAGCACAACGAUUGGGGCGACUUUCAAACGCAUCGUCGCCUGCUCGGCCUCAUAACAAUUGGAAAGUUUGACAACCAAACGGAGCUUAACGAGCUGUGCCGACACCACGAAUCCCUUAAAGUGCGCUAUGGCAGCACGCUAUACGAGUCACGUGCCAUAUUCUUUGGACCCGACGCAGACACAAAGCACACUUCAAGCACGACAACUGUGGUCAAUGGUCAGCCUGUGCUACAAACAAUUGGUGAACACACCGCAAACGCAGAUGUAGUAAUUAAGGAAGAGCAGCCCCAGCUUCCUGGCCGCCUUCAGGAUGAGUACACCACGCCGUCCAAUUUUAAGUCGCAGGCAUUUUUUUAUCGGGAGCAGGAUGCCGGUAUGGAUCUGGAAGCACGUAUCGGUGAUUUUUUGAGCGCUCUCUUUUGGGUGCUGGAGUCGCGACGCCUUGAACGUUCGCGUGAGAAAGCCGACAAGGUCAGUCUGUUGCUGGCGCCCUUUGAGAAACGCGACUUUGUGGGCUUGGACAUGGAUUCGCGCAACAAUCGCAAGCGCUGUGUGGGCCGUGUGAUGAAGAACUUGGCGGAUCUGUCCUUGCAGGCUGGUCUCUUGGACGAUGCACUAAGCUUGUAUCACAAUGCCAACGAGACACUGCGCUCAGUUGGCGAUUCCCUGUGGGUGGGCGCGAGCGAAGAAGGAUUAUGCGCGGCCUCGGCUGUUUUUCUGUAUCCACAAAUGAGGGAGAUCGAAACGCUGCACAGGAACGCAUCUCUGCAGGAAACAGGUACUUCACCACUACGGAACACACCGGAGAAGUGGCGUGCCAGCGAUGCGACUAAGAAAAUAAAUACGGCCGCCGUGAUGACAGGAACCACGACCGCGGCUUCAGCAAACUGCGCAGAGGCUCUUACCUCACACUCUUCUUCCUGCUCAUCGGUGUCAUCUCUUUUGACCAACAAUUCCUCAGCAUCGGGCACGCCCACAACCUCAACAUCCUCUUCCUCGACAUCGACAAUAUCGGUAGCACCGCAUGGUCAGCGUAAUGGCGAGCUGCCCGGGAAUAUACUCAAGCCCGAGGAAAUAACCAACUAUUAUCGGAAGGCGAUAAUUAACUAUAGCAAGUACCGCCAUGCUGCAACCAUUGAGACAGAGGCUGCUCUGAAGGCUACGCGCAUUUGUAUUGAGCAGAAUCGGCCGCUGGAUGUGGCCAUGUUUCUUCAAAACAUUCUUUACAUAAACCUCAGUAUGAGCGAGUCGGAGCGCGUCAAGCGAUUCGAAGUGAUCACGGAGCUGUAUCAGCAGAUCGGAUACCAGCGUAAGGCUGCCUUUUUUCAGCGCCUGGCUGCGCUAAAGCAUGUUCAACAGGGUACUCAAACACCAGACUGGACUCAGAGCUAUCGUCUAAUGCUGGGCAGUUUUACUGGCUAUCUGCUAUCGCUGGAUCCUCUGGAAGUGCUGGAGAAUGCAGCUGGUUGGCCGGCACUGCAAAUAGAUCUUGUACAGAGUCUUAUAUCUGCAGCGAGACGUCUGGGACACUCUGCUUUGGCUACUCGCCACAUGACGUAUCUGCUUCAAACACAAUGGGACAAUAUGUCUGCUACGGAGCAAAGUGAAAUGGCUGUACAGUUGCAGAAUCUGAGUGCGCAAUGUGAAGGCUCGCCUGUGCCGCUUGUGCUAGAAAAUGGGACUGUGAUACCGCCCGCCAAUCUCACGGAUCUACCAUACUGCACGCAGGUGGUAGCAAGAGAUUUACCUGCCCACUUGCGCCCGCUGCGAAUCAAGAUCGCCAAAGCCGACAAUGGCCCAUUUCUGUUCACACCUAUACACUUUAAUUCUGUUGAUCGCCGGGAUAAGAAAAAGGACAAAAACAAAAUAGACUUUUUAUGGGUGCAAAACGAUCUUUGUGAGGUAUGCGUUACCCUUCGCAAUCCAUUGCCCUUUGAGCUGGCCGUCACCGACAUGCGUCUGCUUACAAAUGGAGUAGUCUUUGAAUCGUUGCCGCAGACAAUUGUUUUGCAGCCGCAUGUGCCCACGAAUGUCUCUCUACACGGAACACCUAUUGAAACUGGCCAGUUGGAUCUGCAGGGAUAUAGUACUCAUACGUUGGGUGUUAAGUCUAACUGCCGGCUGAAGCAUAUGCGGGGACGCAACUUUCCGCCUAACUAUCUGUUGGAUGUGAUACCAGCUUUGCCGAGUAUCACUAUCAAAACAUCGCUUCCACAGUCGGCCACAUUUAGCAACAUGAACAGUGCGGACCUUGUGGUUACAUCUGCAAGUCUGACCUUAUACAAUGGAGAAUCCUCAAGUUGCAUCAUAACCAUCCGGAACGAGAGCAACACUUUGCCGCUGGAACACCUCGAAGUAAGCAUUAAUUCAAAUGUGGAGCAAGAUAUGCAUAAGAAAAUGUUUCGAAUUGAUGAAGCGGCUCUGCAGGCUCAGCUGCCCGUGCCUCCGCUAAGCACUAUUGAAUUUAUACUACACAUUUAUGCGGAUGCUGAUUUUGUUUGUCCCCUGCCAGCCGACUCAAUACAAUCUUGCGCAGCCGGUGCCUCUUCUGAAUAUGGGGCUUCUUCGCUAUCGCAGUACUCUAACAUGUCCGGCCAGUCUGCAAGCCUGCCCUUGCGUGUCAGCUCGCCACAGAAUCGUCGCCAAGAUCCGCAGAAUAUAAGUAUUCGUUCAACCUUUUCCGGCGCUCAGCAUUCGCUGGCUACUUUGAGUCUGCAGCCAGGCGGAGCGGGCUCGAACUUGCGCGCCGCACAAAACAGCCAACAUGUAGAGGCGCAACUUCGUCUCAAGUACUCGGGCGGAGAGGCCUUGGUUGCCGGAUACUGUCGUCAAUGUGCCGUGUCUUUUAACUUAGAGCUGCUUCCUAGUGCCCAGAUAACUAGCUGGGAUGUGCUACCCGCUGAGAUACCUUCACAGUUCUACUUAGUCUUGGACAUAUCUAACCUAACCGCUCAAGAAAUGUCGCUCAAUUACACUGACAACAAGAAUAUACUCAUCGAGGCCAAAGAAAGUUGUCGCGUACCUAUUCCAGUGGACCGAUGCUCAUUGGAGCAAAUUUGUGUAGCACGUGCAGCGGAAGUUGCUGAGAAUCUGGAACGCGAGCUGUGCUUUCGCACGCAGAUACUGUCCUUCAGCGAGGCACUCAGCAAGCUUUGCUCAACUCACAUAGCUGAGCGCGUAAAAAUUAAUUGGCUGCUAACGGGCACUGAUAUUAAAGGCACUGCUUCGCUACGUGGAAUUGUUCUCUCCCAUAGUAUGGUGGACUUGACCACAAUCUCGCCUCUUCAGUGGGCUAUAAGCUUCCAGGAUACGCCAGUGCAGCCACACAGCGAAAUAAUAUGCACCGUUGGGCAGCGAGCACUACUUAGCAUCAAUCUCACGAAUCAAUCUUUACAGCCACUCAAGAAUUUGGUAUUAACUAUCAAAUUCUAUCAAGACUACUUAAAUGGCAUAGAAAACUACAAUCUAGAGACACGGGUGGCAAUUUCUGGACCUAACCGAAUAACAAUCCCUGUUUUGGAUAAGUACGAGCAAUCGCAGCAUAAUUGCUCUGUGAUAUUUUUUACGCCUGGUCGUUUCAAGACCAGCAUUGAGUGCGCCACCAAACCACAGCAGAGUAGCAGUAUUUUGAGCCGUUCCUGUCCAGAAGCUACCAACUUAAGUCAAUUAGAAACAUUGUCAUCUCCAGCAGCCAAUUUAAAUACUCUGUCGGCUUCUAGCCUUGACGAGCAACAGGCGCAUAUAUGGAAAUUUAUACCACCUAUUGAGGUGACUGUUGUAGAGCCGUGAUUGAGUAAAUUGUUAAUGAUUUCUAGUUUAAUUUUGUUGUAUCUGUACUUGUAUUUGUUUCUGUAUUACGUAUACCUAGUACUGUAUAUGUGCUGCCUCCUGUAGUUCUAUGCGAUAUAUGAUAGAUAGCGCUGUUAAUCUGUGUAAACACAAAUAUCUUACCGUUGUUGUAAAAUGAAAA